AUGAAAAUAUUUCAGACAAACGUCGACAAUUUUAAUUUAAAUAUAUGUGAACAAAAUGAAAAUAUAAAUACAACAUGUGGUCAUGUAGAAUAUAUAAAAAAUGACAUUCAAAAAAAUGAAGAUCCUUGUUAUAAUGAUAAUAAUAUAUACUUUGAUGAUGAUAAAUUAUUAAGGAGGGAGAAAUCUGUUCCUUCUAUUAUCACACAUAAAAUAAGUGAUGAUGAUGUGGAUAAAAAACAAAUAACCGAGCAAAAUGACUUGGAUAAUAAAAAUUAUAUUAAACGUAAUCAUAGUAAUAAUAAUAAUAAUAAUAAUUAUAGUAAUGAUAAAAAUAUUCUUAAUGAUGAUGUAUCCAUGUCUCCCAAAAAGAAGAAGGCCAAAUACAACAACUCCAGUAAGAAUAAAAAAGAAAGUGAUAAAUGUGAUGAUAAAUGUGAUGAUAAAUGUGAUGAUAAUUGUGAUGAUAAAUGUGAUGAUAGUUGUGAUGAUAAUUAUGAUAAUGAUAACUGUGAUGAUAAUUAUGAUGAUGAUAACUGUGAUGAUAAUUAUGAUGAUGAUUCACAUAAUAAUCCUAAUAAUAUUAAUCACCUAAGAGAAGAAAUAAAAAAAGAACUAUUUAAAAAACUCAAUAUCAUUUUAGAUGUUAAUAUGAAUAUGAAUACUGAUGAAGAAUAUUAUAUGAAAUUUUUAAAAAACAGAAAAUUCAGAAACUAUAUUAUGAAUACUUCCAAAUUUAUUAUCAUCCUAGGAAAAUAUUUACAACUUUCUUUUUGCACCAUAUGUAUUGCUUUAUAUUAUAUGAAUAAAUAUAAUCAGAAAAUUCUUAAAAGAAAAAAAAACACAAUAAGUUAUCUCAUCGCAGGUGCCUGUAUUUUCCUUGCUUGGAAAUUAAGAGAAGAUUUUGAACUCUUGAAAAAAUCAAGAAAAUUAUAUGAUAUACCAAAAGUUAUUUUUAAACUGUUAAAUUAUUUUUAUAAAAAAAAAAAAAUCAAAAAAAAAAUACAUUCUAUCGAAUUAGAUUUAAUAACAAAUUAUAAAAUUAAUCAUACCUUUUAUAAUACUCAAAUAUUUAAUCACAAAACCUUUUCUUCUUUUAUGGAACAUAUCAAAAAAGAAAACUUAUGUGAUAUAAGCAUAAAACAAGAAGAACAAAAGAAACAACAACUGAAUCAAGAUUCAAAAAAUGAAAAUACUUACAUAGAUACAAAGAAAGAACAUAAAAACAAAAAACAAUCCAAAUGUUUACAUAUUAAUAAUAAUGUAAAUAAUCUACAAGAAAAUAAAUCCAUAUAUAACGACCUACAAGAAUUGAAUAAUAUAAUUGAAGAAGGAUAUAUAUCUGAUAUAAAUAAUAUAAAUCAUGUCAGUGAUUGCUUUAGCUCAUAUUUGUCUGAAUGUAAUAGCAGUGACGUUUCGGAGUAUGACCACAUGGAUAUUGAACAGAACGAAACGAUAAAUAAACAAACUGAUGUAAAAAAUGAAAAUGGUAAAAUAAAACAUGAAAUAAAUGGUGAUUUGCGUGAACAAAAUGGUGAUUUGCGUGAACACAAUGGUGAUUUGCGUGAACACAGUGGUGAGUUACAUGAACAAAAUGGUGAGUUGCACGAAACAAAUGGUGAGUUACACAAAAAAAAUGGUGAGUUGCACAAAAAAAAUGGUGAGUUGCACAAAAAAAAUGGUGAGUUAGGGGAAAAAAAUAAUUUGACAGAGACUAUAAAAAAAUUAAAAAAAUUAUGUAAAGAGCAUAAAAAGAAUAUAUACGUUUCUUCUUCCAAAUGGGUAUUAAACAAUUCAGGUCAGAAGUUACAAUUGAUGCAGAAGAUAAUAAUAUAUUACGAAGGAGAAAUAUUAAAAAGUUUUAAUUAUCACAUAAAUCCAAAAAUGUUAUUUUUUGAAUUAUUACCAUCAUAUAUAAAUAAAUUUGUGUAUACAAUGAAAGGAUAUAUUGAAUCUGAUCAGGUGGUAUAUUUAGAGAAGUUAUGUUUUUUAACUAUAUUAGAUAUUUAUAAAACUCCUUUAUGUUUAAUAUUUACUCCAAAGGAAAUAUUGAUAACGUGUAUAUUAAAAGCAUAUAUAUCAUUAAAAUUGUUGAGUAAUGAGUUACAUAUUCGAUCCUUGUCCUUUCAAGACUUUGAAGAUAAAAUAAAUUCUUUCAUACAAUCAAUCUGUUGUGAAGACCCAAUCAACGUCUAUAGGAUAAAAACAGCCUUGAGAGAACUACGACAACUGCAUUUUUAA